AUGUUGAGGGCUAUACCGAGAACGUUGAAAUGCAAUAGAUUGUUGUUUUCAACCCAGUCAAUAUUGGCAAAGCCAAGUCUGAAAAGAACCCUUGCAACAUCAACCUCCACAGACAACUGGCAGACUGACGACGAUGAACUGUACUCGCCAGACUUUGCAAAUUUGCCAGUGAGAUGGGAAAAACUCUCCGAAGAAGAGAGAGCAGAUACUGUCUAUUAUCUGGAGGGAAAACAGGAAUUACCAUGGGAGCUCAUGAGCACAGAAGAGAAGAAGGCAGCCUACUUCCUUGCGUAUGGCAAGUGGGGACCACGCAAUCAGCAGGGACUCAAUACCACGGAGGUUUUGUUCAGAUUCGUGUCUACCUCGAUUUUGUUUUCGGUUCUGGGAUUAUCGGCAUUUCUGUAUACCAAAGAUAGGAAGGUUUUGAAGGAGUUGGAGUUGCAGUCGGGCGAGUCAAGCGAGUCAAGCUAG